AUGAAUCCUGAUGAAAAAGAGACCGAGCAGACCCCUAAGAAUGAUUUACCGCCAAAUAAUUCACAACAGUUAGGAUCUUCUGGAAAGGAGCAAAUAAAUCCAGAAUUUAAUGAAGUUGUUAUUAAUGAUGUCGUUAAUAGCGAAGAACAAAAGAGCAGUGAAGAAGAGCUUGUCAUUAAUAGACCUGUUACUGUAGGUGACGUUCUUUCUGGCAAGAUUACUCUUCCGAAGCCUACCCCAAAAAAUUAUAAUGAUUCUACAGAUAACAAAAAAAGAGAUAAAAGGCCACCUCUACCGACGAAAGAUUCUCAGCUGGAGUUCCUAGUUCUUCCCGACACUG